CUAUUUAGUCUCAAUUCAACCACUCUGCAGACUUCCCUCCAGUUCCGACCACUAUCUCUUUCUUUUUUUUAUAGUUUGAAUUGUUGACUAUCAUAUUUGUCAAAAUUUAAGGGCGUAAUAACAAAUAAAAGUCAUACCCAGCAGCUUCUUCAUCAUCUUCCAAAACACUUGUCACUCUCUGUUAUUACUCUCUCUUUAUAAAUGUACUCUUGCCUUGAGAUAAGGAUAAACAUACUGUCACACAUCACAGCAAAAAAGAAAGAAAAGUAGAGAGAUAUUAGAGGGGGCGACUGUGACCAGAGAACACACCAAUUUUUCAGAGAAAAAAAUGGGUGGGAAAAUCACCAUGGCUGCGCUUUUAGUAAUUUUAGCUGCAAAUCUGUUGCAGAGUACUUAUGGCAGAACCUACACAGUGGGAGACUCCACCGGUUGGAGAAUCCCUACUAAUAAUAACGAUGAUUUUUAUGAUGAUUGGGCUGACAAUAAAGAUUUCCUUGUUGGGGAUGUUCUAGUGUUCAACUUUACUAAUGGGCAACAUAAUGUUGUCGAAGUGACCGAAGCUGGUUACGAUGCUUGCAACGCUGCAAAUCCUGUAUCUACGGUGAGCACUGGACCGGCGAGGAUUACGCUUAACAGGACAGGGGAGUACUACUUUAUUUGUGGUAUCCCUGGUCACUGUUCUGCCGGCCAGAAGCUAAACGUGGAAGUACGAAAUGGUAACACCACCGGCGGUGUUACUCCGUCGACGCCUAUAACUCCAACCACCUCCACUUAUACGGUGGGUGACUCCACUGGUUGGCGAGUCCCUACUAAUAAUGAUGAUUUUUACGAGGAUUGGGCUGAUAAUAAACACUUCGUCGUCAGAGAUGUUUUGGUGUUUAAUUUUACGACCGGACAGCAUAAUGUCGCAGAGGUGACGGAAGAUGCUUACGAUGACUGCAACACUGCGAAUGCCAUAUCUACUUUGACCACCGGUCCGGCGAGGAUUACCCUUAACAAGACCGGUGAUCAUUACUUCAUUUGCAGUGUCCCCGGUCAUUGUUCCGCCGGCCAAAAGCUCAAGGUUGAAGUUCGAACCGGUAACACCACCGGUGGCGUUGCUCCGUCGCCGUCUGUAACUCCAAGCACCACCACUUUUACAGUGGGUGACUCUACUGGUUGGCGUGUCCCUACCACUAAUGAUGAUUUUUAUGAGGAUUGGGCUGAUAAUAAACACUUCGUUGUUGGGGAUGUUUUAGUGUUUAAUUUUACGACCGGACAGCAUAAUGUUGCAGAGGUGACUGAAGAUGGUUAUGACGACUGCAACGCUGCAAAUGCCAUAUCUACUUUGACCACCGGACCGGCAAUGGUUACCCUUAACAGCACCGGUGACCACUACUUCAUUUGCAGUAUCCCCGGUCAUUGUUCCGCCGGCCAAAAGCUCAAGGUCGAAGUCCGAAAUGGCAACCGCACCAGUACUUCUCCCACACCUGGAACCCCAAGCGCCGCCGCGCCUGGAACCCCGAGCGGCACCACAAAUGGAACUUCGAGUUCGCCCGGGACCAACACAGCUUCCUCCCAUGUUGCUACUCUGUCUCUCGUCUUCUUCAUGUCCAUUGCCUUGACUUUGUUCUGUUGAUUAUGUCAUUAACCAUUUUUGCUUUUUUUUUUUUUUUGCUUUUUAUGUGAUAUCAUGUGAGAUCAGAUUUGAGAUUUCAUUGGUUUUAUGGUAGUAGUGAUGAAAUAUGUAGUGAUAUUUUUCGUGAUUGAAUAAAAUUUUUUUCCGAUAUUAAUAGUUA